GCCACUUUUCUGUAGAUUUUUUUCUUCUUCUUUUCUGUCAUAUAUAAAUUCGAAAUGCAUCCACCAUUAGACGCUCAUAAACAAGAAGGCUGUGAAAAAGUCAUUGAAGCUUUAGAAGAAUGCCAUAGGGCCGGCACAUUUAAUAAGUUUAUUGGCACUUGUAAUGCUGCUAAACGAGCUGUUGACGAAUGCUUAAAGGAAGAGUUUCUUGCUAUGAGAGCGGCAAAUAAGGGAAAAGCCAAAGAAAAAAGAAAACGAUUAGAAGCUAUUUGGAAAGAAAUGGAAGAGCCCCCAGUAGAUUUGAAGGCACAGCAACAACAACAGCAAUAAUAAUAAUAGUAAUAAUAAAGUACACUUAAUGUAAUUCACGGAAAGCACUAGAUCCAUCACCAUAAAUCUCGAUAUAGGCUUGAUGAGCCUUUUUUGUGAGAGUCUUUUUGUCAUA